UCGGUGCAGGACGAGCGGAGGGGCUUUUGCAGCGGCCGUCGCCGCGGGAGGAGGGGGUUGAGCUGGCUCCGGAGUUGGCCAAAGAAGCCACCUGGUUCACCCGGUUCAUCCUCCCUUCCCGAAGUUAGCCCUCGAAGGCACGAGCAGCCGGCGCCUUCGGCAGAGGAGGAGGAGGAGGAGGGAUCGCGUCGGGCGGAGCUUCAGGUCCUGUUCGUCUCUCCGGCUUCUCCAUACAAAGAUUACGGUGCAGAAGGAAAUUGCACUUGCCUCCUCCGCCCCCCGGUACCCAGCACAAUGCACCAGCCGCCGGAGUCCACCGCCGCGGCGGCCGCUGCUGCAGACAUUAGUGCUAGGAAGAUGGCGCACCCGGCAAUGUUCCCUCGAAGGGGCAGCGGUGGUGGCAGCGCCUCUGCUCUCAAUGCAGCAGGUACGGGCGUCAGUGGUGCUGCUCCAUCUUCUGAAGAUUUUCCUCCUCCUUCGCUGCUCCAGCCGCCGCCUCCUGCUGCAUCUUCCACGCAGGGACCCCAGCCUCCGCCUCCACAAAGCCUGAACCUCCUCUCGCAGGCUCAGCUGCAGGGACAGCCUCUUGCGCCAGGCGGAACUCAGAUGAAAAAGAAAAGUGGCUUCCAGAUAACUAGCGUUACUCCGGCUCAGAUCUCUGCCAGCAUCAGCUCCAACAACAGCAUCGCGGAGGACACCGAGAGCUACGACGAUCUGGAUGAGUCGCACACGGAAGAUCUCUCCUCUUCCGAGAUCCUCGACGUCUCCCUUUCCAGGGCCACUGACUUAGGUGAGCCUGAACGAAGCUCCUCAGAGGAGACUCUGAAUAACUUCCAGGAAGCUGAGACACCUGGGGCAGUCUCUCCUAACCAGCCCCACCUUCCUCAGCCUCAUUUGCCUCACCUUCCACAACAGAACGUUGUGAUCAAUGGGAAUGCCCAUCCCCACCACCUCCAUCAUCACCAUCACCCUCAUCAUGGGCACCACCUUCACCAUGGGCACCAUCAUUCAUCACAUGCUGCUGUGGCCGGUCCAUCCAUUCCCGGAGGGCCACCCUCGAGCCCAGUGUCCAGGAAACUCUCUACAACUGGAAGUUCUGAUGGUGGUGUGCCAGUCGCACCUCCUCCUGCAGUACCAUCGAGUGGCUUACCAGCAUCAGUGAUGACGAACAUCCGUACUCCAAGUACUACAGGAAGCCUAGGUAUAAAUUCGGUUACUGGCACGAGCGCUACGAAUAAUGUUAACAUUGCUGCUGUGGGUAGUUUCAGUCCCAGUGUGACGAACAGCGUGCAUGGUAAUGCUAAUAUAAAUACAAGCAAUAUCCCUAAUGCUGCUAGCAUAAGUGGUGGGCCUGGAGUUACCAGUGUUGUUAAUUCGAGUAUCUUGAGUGGCAUGGGCAAUGGUACCGUUUCUUCCUCUCCUGUUGCUAACAGUGUCCUUAAUGCAGCUGCAGGUAUCACUGUGGGAGUGGUUUCCAGUCAGCAGCAGCAGCAGCAGCAGCAGCAACCAACAGUUAACACAUCGAGGUUCAGGGUUGUGAAGUUAGACUCUACUUCUGAACCCUUUAAAAAAGGUCGAUGGACUUGCACAGAAUUCUAUGAGAAGGAAAACGCUGUGCCAGCUACAGAAGGCGUGGCCGUCAAUAAAGUGGUGGAGACGGUGAAGCAAACCCCCACGGAAGCAUCGUCCUCGGAGAGGGAGAGCACUAGUGGGAGUUCUGUGAGCAGUAGUGUGAGCACACUGAGUCACUACACGGAGAGUGUGGGAAGUGGAGAGAUGAUGGGAGCCCCGGCUGUGGUGGCGCCGCAGCAGCCGCCGCUACCACCAGCGCCUCCAGGUCUUCAAGGUGUGGCUCUCCAACAGCUAGAGUUCAGUAGCCCUGCUCCACAGAGUAUUGCGGCGGUUAGUAUGCCACAGAGUAUUUCUCAGUCACAGAUGUCACAAGUACAGUUACAGCCUCAAGAGUUGAGCUUUCAGCAGAAGCAGACUCUUCAGCCUGUCCCUCUGCAAGCCACCAUGAGUGCCGCAACUGGUAUCCAGCCUUCCCCUGUCAGCGUGGUCGGCAUCACGGCGGCUGUAGGUCAGCAGCCUUCUGUUUCCAGCCUGGCUCAACCGCAGCUGCCAUAUUCUCAGACAGCUCCUCCCGUGCAAACUCCUCUUCCAGGGGCACCACCCCAGCAGUUACAAUAUGGGCAGCAGCAACCAAUGGUUCCUGCGCAGAUAGCCCCAGGCCAUGGCCAGCCAGUGACUCAAAAUCCAACUUCAGAGUAUGUGCAGCAGCAGCAGCAGCCAAUAUUUCAAGCAGCAUUGUCCUCUGGGCAGUCCAGUUCCACGGGCACGGGGGCAGGAAUAUCAGUGAUUCCUGUGGCUCAGGCACAGGGGAUCCAGCUGCCAGGGCAGCCCACAGCAGUACAAACACAACCUGCAGGGGCGGCUGGGCAGCCCAUUGGCCAGGCUCAAACAGCAGUGUCCACUGUACCAACUGGCGGUCAGAUUGCAAGUAUCGGUCAACAGGCAAACAUACCCACUGCAGUACAGCAGCCCUCUACCCAAGUUACACCUUCAGUUAUUCAGCAAGGUGCUCCUCCAUCUUCACAAGUAGUCCUACCUGCUCCAACCGGGAUCAUUCAUCAGGGAGUUCAAACCCGUGCUUCAAGCCUUCCACAACAAUUGGUCAUUGCACCCCAGAGUACCUUGGUAACUGUGCCUCCCCAGCCACAGGGAGUAGAAACCGUGGCCCAAGGGGUUGUUUCCCAGCAGUUGCCCACAGGCAGUCCUCUGCCCUCUGCUAGCACUAUUUCUGUUACAAAUCAGGUUAGUUCAGCCGCUCCUUCUGGAAUGCCUUCUGUCCCAACAAACUUAGUUCCACCACAGAAUAUAGCACAACCCCCAGCCACCCAAAAUGGCAGUUUGGUUCAAAGUGUUAGUCAAUCUCCCUUGAUAGCCACUAACAUAAAUUUGCCUUUGGCACAACAGAUACCACUAAGUUCUACUCAGUUCUCUACACAAUCAUUAGCUCAGGCCAUUGGAAGCCAAAUGGAAGAUGCCAGGCGCCCAGCGGAGCCCUCCUUAGGCGGCUUACCUCAGACUAUGAGUGGUGACAGUGGGGGAAUGUCAGCAGUUUCAGAUGGGAGUAGCAGCAGCCUAGCAGCCCCUGCUUCUCUCUUCCCGUUGAAGGUGCUACCGCUGACAACACCCCUGGUGGAUGGCGAGGACGAGAGCUUUGGUUUGUUUCCACCCUGGCUGCCAGAGCCAGGAGGAAGUGAAGGCAGGCGACACUGUCGUGGUCACUGCCUCCUUAAUGCUGAGAUGUAACCUUUGUUGGUUGUUUGGUAGAGAACAGGACAGCACAACCCUCGGUCCACUAACAGGUAAGGAAACUUGUGAUAACCAGUUGGUGUGAGGGGAAAACAACUUGGCUGCAUUUCCCCUCCUUCGCUCACCCAGAAUAUAACAGGUCCCAGAAAUAGGACACCAUGGCUGACUGACACGCGCCGCAGGGACACGCGGCACCUUUAGGAAUAGAGGAGGGGCUUCAGGCUUCAGCGGAGCUUACCACCCUGCGCACAGGCAGCUGGUCCCUUCCCCAAGGCAGUGCUGUUCGUUCCUAUCCUUUAAAUCCGCACCUGCCUCUGCAUCUCCUUUGAGCUUUCCAGGGAUCAGACACUGUGAGCUUUUGAACCUCUGUCCCACAGUAAAACUGUUUCCCAGCAUCUUCACCAUCAUCUAUUGUUUGGAAUACUUCCGUGUUCUAAUCUCUACAUUCUGGCCACUAAUGAUUAUUCCUGGUCCCUCUUGACUCCAAAUAAAAGGAUCAUGCAUGUAAAAAAAAAAUUUAAGUAUUUAUUACCUAUGAAUAUUAUGCGGCCCUCCAGUUUCAAAGAUGACUGACCGCUGGAGAAAGGAAACCUUUUUCAUUGACAUUAGUCAGAGUUUUGAUAAAACUCCAGUUUAACCUUUUUUUUUUUUAAGCUAUAAUAUUGGCCUAUAGUGUUGAUCGGUCUGUCUGAAUUACUGGAAUUUAAACCAUUAAAUUGAGCUCUGUAGAUGCUCCUGAUUAGUAAUAUUCUUUACUGUGAUUAUUCUGUUUCUACUUCCCAGUCCAUCCUCUUCUCUUUCAUAGAAGAAUUAACUGGGGAUCUUUGGUGUAUCAGGCUGAGUGCCUUCUCCCUGGCCCUUUAUAACAACUGCGAUCUUGUUUCCCAUAAUAAUUUAUGAUUUUCUUUUUUUUUUGCUCCGAUCUCUGUUUGAAGUUGAGCGCUUUGUCACAGAGUAUGUUAUGGCUUAGACCAGUACAGGCCCCUUCUUAGUUAGCUACCGAGGAAAUCAAUCAUUUGUGGUAACAGACGACUACAAUUGAAAUUAAGAUGGUACUUAAGAAAGUUUGCACCAAGAUCGCUCCUUUUUGUCCUGAGGAUAAGCCAUUACAAACUCAAAUGACCAGAGUAUGUAAUUUUUUUAAUCAGAAUUUUUUCUUAAAUCUAUAUUCAGCUCUAUUUCAGUGCUUCUCUCCUCCCAGAGGUACAAGGAGUGAUCCUAGAGCCACAGCACAGAUACAGCCAAGACCACGGAGAGCUUUUGACGUCAGGGCUCCACUUUCUCCACUGAACCCUUGGAGACAGAAUACCCAGCUUCUGGAGAGAGUGGGAAAGGAUAAUAAACAAGUGGGUGCUUUCCAUUAUUUACUUGGGUUUAUCUGUAGAGUGGAGUGUCCUUCCAUUCCCCGUUAUUCUGUUGGGAACCCCCUUGGCUUCUUGGAGGAGCCAAGUGGGACUGCAGUCUGUGUGUUUGCGGAGAAUACUGUCUAGUGCCCAUUCACAAAACAAACCGAAAAUUUAAUUUUCUCUCCAGAUAACUGAUUCAGUGGCUAAUCUGGAGCACACACACAAUUUGCUCCAUGCCUGUGUAGUUCACAGGAAUGAAAGAAAGGCAGUCAUUUCUUGCUUUGGCCUUUAUUGUAACAGUAGACUUGAUAGAGUUCUUGCAGAGUCCAGAAAUUGAAGUUUCUGUUCUUUCUCUUUGAACUGGACACCUGAAAUCUCUAAAUUUAUACAGUUGACUAUUCAGGUGUCACCCUGCCCUAUUAGAGAGGACUUUUUGGUCUUUUUUCCUACCGUAAAUGUUAGGCCUUCACACUCGGUCUCUUAGGAGAUGGAAUGGUAGCACUGUUGUGGCUUUACUGUCAAAUGGAGGUGUCAUCCUUUAAUAAAACAAAUAUGUUUCAGGAUUUAAUGUUCCUGAAAGCUAUACACAUACUCAAAAGUAGUUUUCUAGUCCCUAGGAAUGUAAUUUAUGCCAACCCUAGAUUUUUCCUAGGGCAUUAAGAUGACUCUUUCUUAGUUUCUUUGAUGCCAAGGGUAGGGUGUGAGUGCAGGCGUGUCUUAGAUCCGCAGUGGGUAGAAUGUGAGGUUGGUGCUUUGGCAAGUUUUCAUUGUUUCCUUGGUGGCUUCUUCUGUGACUCCAGGUAUCUUGAUAAUGGGAGACCGGUUUAUUUGUUCUCUAAUUGCCCAGAUUUCUUUCAACUGGUAAACAUCCUACCUCUUCAGCAAAGGAAGUCCUCUAGCAGAGCCCUCAUGGACGCUAUCUGUCCCCGUGGCAGCACCUGCAGUGUGGAAGGCAGUGGUGAACGGACCCAUGCACUAUGUCUAGAAGACACAAGGAUGAGCCAGCCCACCUGAUCUUGUUACUUACAAACUUCCAAGAUAUACUCGGGUUUAUUUUUGGUCUGAAAAUGGAAAGGCUCAAAUAAUGAAGUAAUCUUUUCAUAUUGGAGUUUUACAUGGCCAUGAAAAUAUUUCUUAUUCUGAAGACUGAAAUAGAGGAAGCUUGAGAGUCUUGUCUUUCAAAGCAGCUCUCUGUAUCUGCUUGAAUUAAAAGAUUUGUGGGACUGAAAAUCAUUUAAUCACAUAGGCAACCCCCACUUUAAAAAGCAGCCUUUAAAAAAAAAAAAAAACACCACAGAGAGCUUGAGGAACCCGUCCACCAUCUCUCUUGUCACCCAUUGCUAAAGCGAAUAAAGGGUGAACCCAAGUCUUGAAGUGUUAGCAGGUACUCUUGGCUCAUCUCUGGCUGGUCCUGAGCCUUAUUCUUACUGUAGUUUAUGAAAUGAUGAAAGCCAUGGAGCUGUCUUGGAGGCCCAGUGGAGCCCAGUCUGUGUUCCUAAGCAGUAAACGCCUGUUAGGGUUGAAGGGCUGACUCUGCACUGUGGGCAUUGCGCCUCUUGAGAGAUGCAGAGCAGAGGUAGUGAACAGUCAGAGUGAACCGUAGGUGGGAAUAGGUUUCAAGGAAUUGUCCAAUUUACCAAUUGGCCGCAGCUGUCAAAAUGGUGAUUCUUUCUUUGGUUAUCAGGUAACUGACCAGUCAAAGCUACUAAGGAAAACGGUGACAGUCACCGUUAUUCCAACACCUUUUAAGUUGGAAUAAGUCUUAAGAAGAGAAAUCAUAGAAUUAAUAAUAGGAGAACUAAAAUGUUAGCCUCUCAACAUGGAAGACUAUCAGCUAAGAGAUAACCUGCUUUUAGUCUUUCUUGGCUAUAAAAACUAUUUCUUAAUUAUAACUCAUUUUUCAAAAGUUUUAAUGCUUUUAAAAGUAAAUAUUAAAGAUAAUUUUGAACUGAAAAAUUCCCCACAGAACUCUGAAUUCCUGUAGAAUGAUGACAGCUUUGUUGUCCUGCCUUAGUAAGAUAGCUUACAAGUGGAUCUAAACAAAAGUUGGAUUUGGAACUGAAACUGGGAUUUACUAGACAUCCUGUUGUAUUCUUUAAACCACAGUAGGAGCCAUUUUAUGCCUGAGCCCACUAGCCUUUUGUCUCAGCACUGAAGACAGAAAGUGAUUUACCCUUGGAAUCUCAAGCUUUAAUGAAUUUCAGCUCUGUUCCUUAAAGUAUGCAAACGAGAUGUUAGUGCAUUCCUAUUACCUCAUACGCUACAAGCUACUGCAAAGUCAAACUUUGUGUAUCACUGUGAACUGUUUUGUUUGAACUUUAAUUCUGAUGCAUUUUCUUUCUAGAUUUUUAAAGAACAAUUUCGUGUCACAAUAUGCAAUCCUAUAUCUUUUCCGUGUUUACUCUAUGAAUAUUAAUAUAAGUGAUUUUUUCCUAGAAUGAUUUAUUGUGUAAUAUUUGUAUUAUGUGAUCAUUUGAAAACUAAUAAAUAUUUUCUCCAUGGAAAAAAUGCA